AUGGAGCCCACAUCGGCGUUGGCCGGUGCUGGAGGGAAGCCGAGCUUCUUGAGGAAUAUUCUGGUGCGGCUGUUCCUGUUCUGCGUCUUUAUACUUGGGGUUCGGUUUGCUUACGUGGUUACUCUCCGGGGAGAGUCAUGUGACCUUGGUGAUUUCUGUUUCUUCUCUCUCCCGGACAAUCUCGACGGAAUCGUUUCCAGACCCGGUCAAUUCCUCACCGGUGGCGCCGGGGCUUCGGCGUCUGCUGUCAUCGCCGUCGGCGAAGGCGGCAAAUCGGCUCCGGCCAAGCCGCAGAAACUCCCGGAUCUCUGGGCUACUAAAGGUUUUCAGAAGGCGGCCCGGUUCUACUCGUCGGUGUUUACCGAUCUCUUAUCCGAGGGGUUCUUGGCUCCCAAUUCGAAAGCUCUCUGCUUGGAUACCCCCACCGGGGCCGACGUUUUCGCUCUGAAAGAGAUUGGGGUUUCGGAUUCCAUCGGUAUCCACAAGAAGGCUUCGAAGCCCUUGGUCAUUUCGGGUCAGGCCGUUAAGCAUCCUUUCGGUGACGCCAAAUUUGAUUUCAUCUUUUCCGGCGACGGGAUGAUCGAAAAGUCCGCAAAGCCUGCGGAUAUUGCGGCGGAAGUUUGCCGGACACUGAAGCCCCAAGGGUUUUUUGUAGCUCACACAGGUUCGAAGGAUCCUUACAGUCACCAUUCAUUCCUUGAAUUAUUUAAUUGCUGUAAAUUGGUACAGUUUAGGGAUAUUGAUGGGUUCAAUUCCAGUCUUCCGUUAAUUCGUGAAAUUAUUAUGCAAAAAGUAGCUGAUAUCGGGGACAAUUUAGGAAAUGACUAUAAAAAGUGUUCUGUUCCGGGAUACAAGCAAGAAUUGCUCAGGAAAGCCGAGCCCUUGAUCAUUGAAGAACCUAAGAAACCUUGGAUUACAUUGAAGAGGAAUAUACAGAAUGUUAAGUACCUGUCAUCAAUGGCGGAUAUCAAUUUUAAGCGGAGAUAUGUGUAUGUGGAUGUCGGGUCCAGGAGCUACGGUUCGAGUAUAGUUAGCUGGUUUAAGAAACAGUAUCCAAAGCAAGAUAAAAACUUUGACAUUUAUGCUAUUGAGGCUGAUAAGCAUUUUCAUGAUGAUUAUAAGAACAAGAAGGGGGUUCAGUUGCUUCCUUAUGCUGCUUGGGUAAAAAAUGAGAGCUUAUUUUUCGAGAUCAAUCAGGAUCAUCUUGAGGAAGAAAAUGUCGUGAAGGGUAGAGGGAUGGGUCGGAUUAAACCUGUUCAGAAUGUCAAUGGUAAUGGUCAUCAUCAUGUGGAUGAGAUUCAGGGAUUUGACUUUGCAGAGUGGUUGAAGAGUACAGUUACAGAGAGAGAUUUUGUUGUGAUGAAGAUGGAUGUCGAAGGGACUGAAUUCGAUUUAAUACCAAGGCUGAUUGAAACAGGCGCUAUUUGUUUGGUUGAUGAAGUCUUCCUUGAAUGCCAUUACAACAGAUGGCAGAAAUGUUGUCCUGGUGAGAGGAGUCCCAAGUAUGAGAAGACAUAUGACCAGUGUUUGGAAUUGUUUACUUCACUUCGUCAACGCGGAGUUCUUGUCCAUCAGUGGUGGUGA